AUGCUCGCUGAACUGACAAGUGACUUGCUGUCCUAUUCGAAGGUGACAGAGUUGGUGCUCGAUAACUGCCGGUCCAGCAAUGGCGAAAUCGAAGGUCUGAAUGAUUCGUUUAAAGAACUCGAGUUUCUUAGCAUGGCCAAUGUAGAGCUGACAUCGCUGGCCAAACUCCCCACGUUGAGUAAGCUCCGAAAGUUGGAGUUGAGCGACAACAUCAUUUCAGGAGGCCUGGAGGUCCUUGCAGAAAGAUGUCCAAAUCUCACAUAUCUAAAUCUAAGUGGCAACAAAAUCAAAGAUCUUGGCACUGUGGAAGCUCUUCAAAAUCUCAAGAACUUGAAGAGUCUUGACCUGUUCAACUGUGAGAUUACAAACCUCGAGGAUUACAGAGACAGCAUUUUUGAGCUGCUUCAGCAAAUCACAUACCUAGAUGGAUUUGAUCAGGAAGAUAAUGAGGCACCGGACUCAGAAGAUGAUGAUGAUGAGGGAGAUGAAGAUGAUGAUGAUGAAGAUGAGGAUGAAGCUGGUCCUCCAGGAGAGUAUGAAGAGGAAGAUGAUGAAGAUGAUGGAGGUUCAGAUUUGGGGGAAGGAGAAGAGGAGGAGGAAGUUGGUCUUUCAUACCUGAUGAAAGAAGAGAUUCAGGAUGAAGAUGAUGAUGAUGACUAUGUUGAAGAAGGAGGUGAUGAGGAGGAAGAAGCAGAGGGCAUUCGAGGGGAGAAGAGGAAACGAGACCCUGAAGAUGAAGGCGAGGAAGAGGAUGAUUAAUUUGUUAUAGACACAAGUAGGACCAGACUCUUAAGUUACAGAAUACGCAAUAGUGAUUAUGCAGAUCUGUAUGUCUCCAUGUACCAUAGAUGUCCCUACAGAAGAUAAUACGUUAACUUUUUAUAGGAGAAGUGGUUUUACUAUUCUUGCCCUUUUUGUCAUUCCAGAUAAGAUAUAAUAGCCUGUUAGUGAACCUAUAUGUAGACGACAAUUUUCAGCCCUAUAAUCACUGAAGCCAUUGUCAAGUUUUUCCCCCUAGACUUUUAUUUGGAGCUCUUUCAUUUUAUACAAGCUUGCUGUGUCGGUCAUCAUUAGCCCAGAGUUAAAACACCCGUUUCACAUGGGUUUAGCAUUGUGGAUUUCCUUCAAGAUUUUAAAGUUUUUAUACUUAAAAAGCUGAACUCAAAAAUGCUAUAUGGCAAAUUCCAGUC